GCCUACUCGUUUGUCCUCUGCCUCUUGGUCUCCCAGUACUCCCUCUACGGCUACGACGGUGUGGCGCAUCUCUCAGAAGAGACAAAGAAGUCCGACCGCACGUCGCCGGCCGCGAUAGUAGCCUCCCUCUCUACAGUCACGUUCGUGGCGUGGCUGCUGCUGGUGGUGUUCACGCUCUGCAUUCAGAACGUGGAUGAUAUAUUCGCCACGGCGGUUGAAGGGGAGGUGCCGACCACGGUUACCAACGGCAUGCAGCCGGUCAUUCAAAUUCUGUGGGAUGCAUUUCAAGCACGUUACGGCUCGGGUGUGGGAGCGCAGAUAUUCACGGGCAUCAUAUACACGUCUUUCUUCUUUGGGACUGUUUCCGGGCAGCUAGGAGCGUCGCGAGUGGCCUACGCCCUGGCUCGAGAUGGCGGUCUCCCCCUCUCCUUCCUCUGGCGCCGCCUCGCGCCCAACAAGGUCCCCGUGCUGGCGCUCCUCCUCUCCGUGGUCAUCGGAAUCAUCUUCCUCCUGCCGCUGCUCUACACGUCCACCACCAUCUUCUUUGCGAUAGCAUCCAUCUCGAGCAUCGGCUGGGUGUCCGCCUACUCCGUGCCAAUCUUCUUCCGCCUCAUUCAAAAGGAAGACCACUUCCAGCCCGGCCCCUUCUACAUCCCCAACUACAUUGGGGUCAUCGGCGGGAAAAUUGUGCAUUUCCUGGCGCUGGUGUGGGUGCUCUACACCAUGAUAGUCUUCCUGCUGCCCUACGCCUUCCCGGUGACCGUGGAGAAUCUCAACUGGGCGCCAGUGGCCAUUGCAGCAUGGAUCGGCAUCUUUGUCACAUGGUGGAUCGUGCACGCCCGCUUCUGGUUCAAGGGGCCGGUUCGCGAGAUUGUUCCAAUCACGGAGGAGAACGGCGGGGAGAAGGAGGCUGAGGGGAAGAUGGAGUCGAGCUGUCUCGCUUCAAACGUUGACGCUGUGCUGGCGACAAUGGUCUCAAUGACAUGCGACGAGAUAGAAGCGUCGCCCGGCGACGGUCGCGGAGCGACGAAACAGUGCCACUACGACACGUGCGAUCACUACGCGACAGAUUCCGCCAUCGGCAACGGCCGUCACGCUGUGGCAGACGUGGUCCACGACGCCAAACCUUCUCCGAAGCUUCUGCCGCGUGGCGAGGAGAUGAAGCUGUACACGGAGGCGUCCGCGUUUGAAGGCGCCGCGGUAGUGGCGAUGAUUCAGCGGCACGACGAGGAGGUGGGAGCGGAGCAGAAGAUCCUUCAGAUAACCAUGGAGGAUGGGAUAACGCUCUCCGUCGAGCUAGAUCCCGCUGAGAAACGGCUGAACGAGUUGGGAUACCGACAGGAGCUCCGACGCUCCCUGCACUUUCUCGGCCUCUACGCAGUGGGCGUGUCUUUCAUGACUGUCUUCGCUGGCUUCGUCCCCACCUACGCACAAGGGUUCAUCAAUGGCGGACCAGCAGGGCUCAUCUGGUACUGGUGGAUCACAGCCUUCUUUGUCCAACUUAUUGGCCUCUCCCUGGCCGAGAUAGCAUCCUCGUUUCCUACAGCUGGCUCGCUCUAUUUCUGGGCGGCGGCACUGGCAGGGCCGAAGUGGGGCCCACUGGCCUCAUUCAUCACGGGGUGGAUGGAGUUUCUGGGAUUGGCUGUGUGUGGGGCCAACGUCUCUUAUGGUGGCUCCGUUAUUCUGCAAGUGCUCAUCCUCAUCUCCACUGGCGGAGCUGAAGGGGGUGGGUACCUGCUUAGCAAGUACGCUGUCUUUGCCAUCGCAUGCGGCUUUGUGCUUAUCUGCUUCCUCAUCAACUGCUUAUCAGUGCGCUCUGUAGCAACGGUCAUGGUCGCUUCUUCUGCGAUUCAGAUCGCAGCAGCAGUGGUGCUCAUCGUCAUGCUGCCUCUAGUGGCCCCUACGCAUGAGCCGGCGUCCUGGGUGUUUGGUGACUUUGGCAACAACAGGGACAUCACACUCACGCCCAGCAAUGCGUACUCCUUCCUCAUCACUCUCCUCGUCUCGCAGUACUCCCUCUACGGCUACGACUGUGUGGCGCAUCUCGCAGAAGAGACAAAAAAGUCCGACCGGACGGCGCCGCUCGCAAUCAUGUCGUCGCUGACUACAGUGACCGUGCUGGCGUGGCUGCUGGUGGUGGUGCUGACGUGGAGCAUCCAGGAUCCAGCUCAUCUGUUUGCGGCAGAGAGCGCGACAGGUGGCAUGCAACCAGUGGUGCAGAUCAUGUGGGACGUGUUUUACUCUCGCUACGGCUCUGGGUUGGGAGCGCAGGUCUUCACAGUCGUCAUCUGCAUCUCCUUUUUCGGAGCCACUCUCUCAUGCCAGCUCGGGGCAUCUCGUGUGGCGUACGCCCUGGCUAGGGAUGGCGGCCUGCCCUUCUCCUCGCUCUGGCGACGCCUGGCAUCGAACCGUGUUCCAGUAUGGGCAUUGACACUCUCCGUGCUGGUUGGAUUGCUCUUCCUGCUGCCCGUGCUCGCCUCCUCCACGCUCUUCUUUGCCCUCGCUUCCAUCUCCACCAUCGCUUGGAUCUCCGCCUACUCCGUCCCCAUCCUCUUCCGCACCCUGCAAGAUGAGAAGCACUUUCCGCCCGGCCCGUUCUACCUGCCCAACUACAUCGGUUUCACCGCCGGGAAAAUGGUCCACGUGGUAGCGCUGCUAUGGGUGCUCUACACCCUAGUGGUCUUCAACCUCCCGACGAUGUUUCCUAUCACCGUAGAGAAUUUCAACUGGGCGCCAGUGGCCAUUGCUGUGUGGAUGAAGAUGUUUAUUGCAUGGUGGCUGUUGCAUGCUAGGUUUUGGUUCAAAGGUCCCGUUAGAGAAUUUGAGCCUAUUGAGGAAAGCUCGCUCGACCCCAAGGCAGUCCAAACCGCAUCAUCCCGAGCCUUUGCUGCUCUGGCGCCAUACCACACCCCUUCCACGCCUGGAGGUUCGGAAUCAGGUUCGGGAGCUCAUUCCGAAGCAGAUGUUGAAGCGAGCCUGAAGGCAGCAGCAACGGAGCUGUCAUCACUCAAGGGUGUUGGAGCAGCAACAGCGUCUGCAGUGCUGGCUGCGUUUGCCCCUGAAGUAGCCCCCUUCAUGUCAGAUGAGGCCAUGGUUGCAGCGUUGGGGGACAGCAAGGACUAUUCGCUUCGCCGCUACCUCGUGUUUGCCAAGGCCAUGCGGGAAAAGGCAUCGGAAUUGAAUCUCCUCGAAGACAAAACCGCACAGGCAGGAGCUGCAGACUCUUCUUUGGUUGGAGCAGAAGGGCAACCAGAGAAGAACUGUGCUCGUUCCAUGCCACCUGAAGAGGAGGAUUCAUUCGUUAAGUUCACAGCUUCCGAUGUAGAGAAGGCACUUUGUUAUCAGACCUAUUCUUCGUCAAGACCAGGAAACGUGCGACAGCAGUCGUUGACUCGGCCACGGACACCAUUGCGAAGCGCUUUGACACCAGGUUUUUACGGAAUUUCAGGUUUUAGGUCUAACCCAUUGCCACGGCAUGGCGCCUGCCGGGCUUUUACGGUAAAAGCUACCUAUUAUGAUGAAGAUGACGAGGAUCUAUUUGAGUUAACUUUCCUUCAACGCUUGCAGCGGGCAUGGCGGAUAAUCUUUCCACCAAGAAACCGUCCUCCGAGCAACGCCGAGAUUGCCAAAGAGAGGCUUCGGCUUGUUCUGUACACAGAUCGCGGGGAAGUAAGUCCUGAAGUGAGAAGGCGUUUGCGCCGCAAGAUUAUUGAUGCCAUCUCAGCAUACGUGGAGAUAGAAUCAGAAGAGGACGUGCAGCUGAGUGUGUCAGCUGACCCUGACAUUGGGACUGUGUAUUCCAUCACCAUUCCUGUGCGGAGAGUGAAGCCGGAAUAUCAAGAGUACUGGAGUGAGUCUGGAUUCAGGGAUCGGUUCUAUGAGGAGAUUCUGAGGGAACCCGCCUCCACCAUGGCUCUCCUCCUCUACCGCCGCCUCCCGCGCAAUCCCCACACGCCACGUGGCGGAUUCUCAGUGGUCGCAGCACACGGUUCGAGUGACGGUGGGGAGAGUGGGAGUGAGAGCAUCAGCAACAGCAAUAGCUGCAGCAUUGGGAGUGGGAGCAGCCGGGGGGUUAGUGGCCGGGGUGGAUUACCCAGCCCGUUUGGGGGUGGUUUACCCAGUCCUUUUGGGGGGGGUGCGGUGGCGGAUAGUGAGGGGGAGGAGGCGUCGUUUGACAUUCAGAAGGUGGUGGAGUUUACCCUUGCGGACCUCGUUGCUGCCACUGAUGGCUUUGCUGACAAGAACCACCUGGGGCAGGGCAGCUACGGCAAUCUUUUUGCAUGUGUAACGCUUCUGCUGCGUUCCCCCCUCACCUCCUUCCUUGCCCGCUUCCUUACCCGCUUCCUUGCCCGCUUCCUUGCCCGCUUCCUUGCCCGCUUCCUUGCCCGCUUCCUUGCCCGCUUCCUUGCCCGCUUCCUUGCCCGCUUCCUUGCACCAAUUGCGUUAUGCCAGGUGUACCGAGGGAGGCUCAAGUCGGGGGAGGUGGUGGCGGUGAAACGAGCCAAGGCGGAGAGGAGGCAAGACAUGCGCAAGUUCAAAAAGGAGGUGAUGCUGCUGUCCCGGGCGCGCCACAAGCAUUUGGUGCAGCUGCUGGGGUAUUGCAGGGAGGAGCAGGAGCAACUGCUGGUAUACGAGUUCAUAGGCGGGGGGACCCUCUCUCACAACUUGAAUGCCCCCUGGCGAGCCAGACAAAACAAGCCGCCCCUCAACUGGACCGAGCGGCUGCUGGUGGCGGCGGGGACUGCGCGCGCGCUGGCUUACCUGCAUGAUGACGUCAGCAUGCCAUUCAUCCACCGGGAUGUGAAGCCCGGCAACAUCCUGUUGGAUCGGCACGUGGUGGCGAAGCUGGCAGACUUCGGGACGUCGAGGGCCGUGGACACAUCGUCAUACUCUGCCACCAUUCAAGGCACUGCGGGCUACUGUGACCCUGACUACCUCAAGUCGGGGCAGCCAUCGAAGCGCAUAGACGUGUACAGCUUUGGGAUUGUGCUGCUGGAGCUCAUCACUGGCAAGUCUCCCAGAGGCAUCUCCAGGCCGUACCGCUUCCAUGUUCAAGAUCUGCUGGAUAAGAAGGGGCUUGCAGGGAUAGUUGACCAAUCCAUGGGCAUUUACCCUGAAAAAGAGGUUACCAGCGUGCUCAGCCUGGCCUUCAGUCUCUUCCACUGGCUAACCAUGAGGUCACAACGCCCCUUCAUUCCCGCUCCCUUGCUUCUUCCGCUCUUGCUUCUCGCAGCAGCAGCAACAACCGCUCCUACCUCCUUAUUCGUUUCUGCUGACGGAUCUCCUUCAGACGCUAACCAGAAUCCGUCAGAAAACUUCGAGUUCCCCAACUUUAGCGCGGAUGACGAGGAACUCAUUAUGGCGUACGAAAGGAAGUUCGCAGCCAGACCCGGCGAGGUGGAGGUGUCGUACGAGCAAGCGUAUCAUCUGGGAGAGAAACUGAGAGCUCGCGGCGUGACUGCAGCGGAUGUGCUACAAAGUGAAGAUGAUGUUUUGGCGGGAAAGGUUCAAGAGGAGGGAAGCGAGCAGACGGAUUCCGUCAAUGACGACGAUAAGCGUCAAGAGUCUCCGCGGAGAUCUCUCUCCGCAACUUCUGCCUCCGCCUCUGCUUCCGCUUCCGCUUCCCCAGAUCAGUCCGCGCUCGUGGCCCAAACCAUCGCGCGCCUUCGCUCGCUCGGCUUCCGAACCUUCGCGAGCGCUCUGGAGAAAACGGACGUUCUCUCCACACUUCCCCCCACCGUUUCGCGCGCAGGAGGGUUCUCCCUCCUCGUCCCCUCGGACCGCGCGUUCCUUAAUCUCCCGCAAGCCGUUCAGAAGCUACUAAGAGGCCCGGACGCCAAAGCCGUACUUAAGAAACUCCUUCUCUACCACAUCUUCCAGCCGCGUAUCAAUUUUAACUACUUCCUGAAGCUCAGAGGGCGGCGCGUGAAGACGCUGCUUACAGACCAGACCCUGACCGUUGGAUUCGCGCGCUCCGGCUUCCCUGCAGCGCCGACAGUCGCGGGAGGGGAGUCUCUUUCGUUUUCUCCCUCCGGCGGCGGGAAGCGGGUUGCGGGUAGCGCGGGCACCGUUGUAAUUGUAAAGGACAUUGCUUAUAACGGGCUCGCGAUCUGCCAGGCUGUCAGCGCGGUGCUCGUUCCACCGUUGGAUCUCCUCUCGCCUCCCGACGCAUCAACCUCCUCCUCCUCCUCCUCCUCCACCUCCACCACUAAGACCAAGAACGCGCCUCCGGUUUCCAAAACCAAGUCGCCCGCCAACGGCGGCAGCGGAGGGAAGAUUCGUCCGCCGUCAUCUGAGAGAAACUUCGUCGAAUCAGCUUCCGCGUUCGGCGGCAGAAUUGCAGCCGCGGCAGGCGCGGGGGAGCGCGGAAAGGCAGCGCCGGCGGCCGUGCCGGCCGCUAAGGCCGUGCCGAGUCCCGUCAUCCGGCCGUCUUCUAUAACGCUCACGCCGCAGCAGCAGGUACUCUAUUGGCUCUCGCGGCACGGGCUCGGCCGCACAGCCGCGAAUCUCGCGCAGUCCGGUGUGCUGGAUCUCGCGACAACGAGUAACCCGGUUACCGUUCUCGCGCCGACGCAGCUCGCGUAUCGCUUCCUCCCCUGGACGGUCCGGCAGCUGUUCUUUACCGCGUCGGGGGAACAGGUUUCGCCGCGGCUGAUGAAAUAUCACGUUAUAACGGAGCGGCUUACAGUGAAGCAGCUGCGAUCGGCCGGGAAUAACAAAUAUCCGACCUUGUUGGAUGAACACCCGGUAGAUACGAAAGUAGGCUCGACAUUUGUCCGUUUCUACCCCGAGCCUCCGGACUACGCCGCCGCGACCAUCAUCCCCGGGUCGUCCUUCAGCAACGGCAUCGCGACCGUCCACGUCAGCAGCUCCGUGCUCAUCCCGCCGUACGAUCUCCUCUCCAUCCCCGAGCCUCCCACCCUCGCGCCCGUCCCCCCGCCCCUCGGACCCGCACCCGGCCCCGGCCCCGCCCCCGCAGCAGCGGGGAUCCAAGCGCUAGAUAUGGUGGGGGACCUAGAGGCGGAAGGGGGGAGUUUCUCGGCGGAGGCUAAACUCAGGGCUUCCGCCCCCGUUCCCCCUCCCCCUCGCCCUCCGCUUCCCCCGCCGCCGCCCACGCCCACGGGCGGGUUCGUCCCGAAGCGGCAGCUGAUCUCGUUUGACGACGCGCGCGGGGAGCCGUAUAGCGCCGCGCCUCCCCCCGUGGCGGAGCCUUACAGCGCUGCGCCUCCCCCCAUGGCCGUGGACUUGGCACAGGAAGGGGAGGGGGAAGGGGAGGGGGAACGUGAAGCGGACGAGGUGGAUGAAGUUCGGGAAGCGGCGCUAGAGACAGAAGCGGGCGCUGAGGAAAGGGGAGUGUUUGGUGAACCUGGUUCCGACUCAGGUUCUUCCUCAGAUGCUGCUUCAGGUGCUUUUUCAGGUGCCAGGCGUGUUCUUCCGGAGCUGUCACUCAGCACGCGCCAGCAGACCAUAGAUGAGCUAGCAAAGCGGGGCCUCACUGUACUCGCUAAGAACCUCGCCGCUACAAGGAUACUACACUCCCUCUCCGGCCCCGCUACACUCCUCGCGCCCACCAACCUAGCCUUCUGGACUCUCCCUUUACCAAUCAAAGCCCUCCUCAUGGGCCCCAAGGCGGACUUAGUUCUUAAGAAUCUCGUGGCCUAUCACAUCCUGCCACGUGGACGCGUGUCGUCGAAGCAGUUUGAUGAAGGGAUAGCAGCGGCGGGGAUCGAGGAGUAUGAGAUAUUCGACACACUGCUGGAGGGGAGGAGCGUGAAGGCAGAGCACGUGGGGAAGGCCCUCGCCUUCUCGCCGCUCCCCAUGGUGCCCCUGCUGAGCCGAGUGGCUCGUGUUGUUGCCUCGGAUAUCAAUACCGGAGCUGCUGCUGCUAACGAAGCUGCUACUAGCGGGGAUUCUGCUAGCGCGGAUGGGAUCACGAUUCACGUGAUCAACCGGGUGCUCAUUCCGCCGGUCAAGGUGCUGCUGGCGCCCUUCCAUUCCUCUUCCUCCUCCUCCUCCGCCUCCUCCUCCCCUGCAGGAGCAGCAGAGGCAGCAGCGGUUAACCCCUUCAGUGCAGCCUAUGCUGCUUCGGCCCAAUCCAUGAUCUUACCAAUGAGUGAGUACAUGUUUGUAGCUGUUUUUCUUUAUUGA